GCUGUUGUAGCGCGGCAGGGUGCGUAGUACGCAGGCGCUCCCUACCCUUCCCCCCCGGCACGUGACGAGGCACUAAGGGCCGUCACGUGAGGCAGGCAGAGAGCACGCGGGCGGGGUGGGGUUUGGCGGCGCUCGGCGAGGACCAAAGUAAGGCUGCAGACCCGGAAAAACCCAAUUGGGUUGGACAGCCAUGCCCAAGUACUGCAGGGCUCCGAACUGCUCCAACACUGCGGGCCAGCUGGGCGCGGACAACCGCCCGGUGAGCUUCUACAAGUUCCCACUGAAGGAUGGCCCCCGGCUGCAGGCCUGGUUGAGGCACAUGGGCCGGGAGCACUGGGUGCCCAGCUGCCAUCAGCACCUGUGCAGCGAGCACUUCGCCCCCUCCUGCUUCCAGUGGCGCUGGGGUGUGCGCUACCUACGGCCAGAUGCUGUGCCCUCCAUUUUCUCCCGGGCGCCGCCCGCCAAGAGGCAGCAGAAUGCCCGGAGCGCCGAGAAACCAGUCCUGCCUGCGCCUCCGCAGGAGGCCACGUCCCAGUCCCCUGCCCCAGCGGUCCCAGCGUCUGGCCCUGUACACCUUGUGGUGCUGGGGCCAGCAUCCGGAGGCCCCGAGGCCCCCGCCACCGUGUUCCUGACGCCCCUGCCGGCUCCCAAGGGGCCGCGCCCUGGAGUCUCGGCCCAGCACCCCCGGGCGGGGCUGGGCGCGGCGCUGGGAGCGCUGCAGCGGCGGGUGCGGCGGCUCCAGCGGCGCCACGAGCGGCACCAGGCGCAGCUGCGGGCUCUGGAACAGCUGGCGCAGCAGCUGCGCGCCGAGAGCCUGCUGGCGCGCGCGCGCCGGGGCCUGCUGUGCGCGGCUCAGCAGACCUAGCAGCAGGGAGUUCCUAUCCCCAGACAGUAGCAGUCAGCUGGAGCUCCAGUGGCUGCCCCUGGAGACCGGGGCCUGAACCAUGCCGGGGCACAAGAGGGACACACAGUGGGGCGAGGACAGAACUCAGACCCAGGCCUGGGGCUCUUCACCGAGCCUGCUGGGGCCCCUGGGCUGACAGCGUCUUUCUCUGCCUCUCCUGCCCCCAUUCCAUCCCUGUCUCCCCAAUCUCUUCCUCUCUCCCCCACAUUCACCUUUGUCUUUCUGCCCCCCAUCUCUCUGUCAUCCAUUUAUCUUCCCCCUUCCCCAUGUCUCUCUUCUUCUGUAUCUUUGUCUCAUAUCUAUGUCCCUGUCUCUCUGUGCCUACAUUUCUCCCAUCCCCCAUAUCUCUCUCUCCCUGUCUUUGUCCCUCCACAUCUCUCUCCCUGUUUUCCCACACCUCUUAAUUCCCUCCUGAGUGUCUCUCUGAUUCUCACAUCUCUUUCCUCACAUCUCUUCUGUUUCCUGACACCCUCCCUUCCAUCUCUACCUCCCUGUUUCUCACCAUUUCUCCCCCUGCCCAACCUUUUCCUUCCCUCCUUCCCUCCUCUCACUUCCCUCGUUCCCCUGUGUCCUCCAUCUCUACCACUUCUUUGCCUGGGCGGCCUAGCACCCUGGACCUGAGGAAUCCCAAGCCUUCACCAUCAUCUGUGGAGGGCCCGAAAUAGCUGUGGUCCUUGCCCAAGGUCCUGCACCUCCCACACUGGACGCCAAGCCUGAGCUCCUGGACACUCAGACUCCCAGUGUAUAAGC